UGAUGAUGAUGAUGAUGAUGAUGAUGAUGAUGAUGAUGAUGAUGAUGAUGUGGUUGGCUCGUGAUUCGUCGUGAAUCGCGGCGUCACGUUCGAGAAAGGAGAACGGAUCGUCGAUGUUGGAGAAACGGAAGCGAGAAGCAAACGUGUAAAAGUAAAAUAUAAAUUUUAUAUCGCGGGGCGGGCCGGAUCGCGCCGCUUGUCGGCCUGCGGGAUCAAUGGAACAUUUUUUCAACCUAUAAGUUUUAUAUUAUUCAAACUAAUCCGCAUAAAACACUUCCCGUUAUUCAUGUAUAUUUAAAUCUACAAGUGAUGCAAUCAAAAUAAUUGUUUGCUUUUUUCGGGACUACCUUCUCGUAAUUAUCAAUGCGAUUAUACAGAUGUAUAUCACUUUUUCUGAAAUUUGUAGAUACUAGAUUGUAAUUUAACAUCCGCACCAAUGACCGCAAACAAGUAAUAUAGUUGCAACAUUGCUGUCCUUCAAAUUUUCCACGUGAUCCUGCGGGCUCGCGGGCGUCCUCGCGACUUGCCGCUCGCCUGCGGUGUCCUUGUAUGUACGAGACAAUAUUUUCGAUAAUAUUUUUUAACGAUCGAGUCGCGAAACACGAGCCCAACGUAUAGAUCUGUUGUUCGAUGCGCUUGAUAUCGCGCGGCGGUGGCGACGAAGCGAUGUAUCGCAGGAACAUACACGAGCGCAAAAUUAUUCCUUUUCUCUUUUUUUUGUCCCCUUUGUUCCACGAUGUUAUACCGAAAGAGAGAAUUCUACCUCGAAUAAGUCGCAGAAAUUGCGAUCGAAGCGACAGGUCUUUUCCUCGCGUCACACGCUUUCUGCAGAGAAUUAUCGAUAUUGGGAUAUCCGUCAAUUAAAACUCGCGUGUUCCAUAGUAAUUAAUUGUUACAUAUUGUACCGAACGAAAAUUCCAAUAACACGAUAGCUCCAAAGGAAAACAUCUGUUCCGUGUGUGUAGGUGAAAUUCGGUGUAGAUUUCUCUCUCGUUUUCGUGAAAAAAAAAAAAAAAAAAAUAGUCGCGAUACAGAAGUCCUUGCGUUAAAAUGUGUCACGUCGAGAUUCCUUGCGAUCUACGAUAUUUUUCUGAAGCGAGAUACCGAAAGAGGGAGCGACGCCACCGUCGUGACGAAGUGGGCGAAAUAAUUAAAAUAAAAAAAAAAAUAAAUAAAAAAAGCACAAAAAAAAACAGCUGCGUGCGUGGAUGACGUCUGGUGCGCUGCGCAUGUGAUGAGUGCCGAGUGCUGCUGCCGAUCGGGAGGCGAUCGGACCAAGAUGAUUAUAAUUGACGCAUGGUGAGAAGAAAAAAUGUGUCUCUAGGCGACCUAUAUAUGCGUGGGUGAAGCGAAAAAAGAGAGAGAAAUAAAAAGGGCGAUGCUGAAUGUGGACGUCCGCCUGUCGUCGUAGCUCCACCCUCUCCUACGAGCAAUUUCCUGGCACUCGAUCCGCCGAUCUCUGUAGGAUAAGGCCCUUUCGCGACGUGAUAAGAACGUUGAUUAAUCUUUAUUGGUGCUUCGCGACGAGCAGAAAUUCACGGCCUACUCUCGCGACACGCGAGAGACAAUCGAAUCGCCGAUUUUCGAUGUAACCCUCGCAGAUCGGAUAUGUAAUCGUUAAUACUUGCUCAACUCGAUGUUCUUUUGCGCCUACGAUCGGUGUCGAGCUAAGGGAAAAGCACUAAAUUUCGCUAUUUCAAGAAAUGUGAUGUGACAAAAGGGAUUUUAUUUUUUUUUAUAUUUAAGAAAAAAUUUACAAGGAUGGAAAAGUUUACAAAAUUUAAUGUAAUAUGCAUUUUUUACAACGCAGAGAUAAAGAAAUCGGCUACUAUAUGUGAGAUAAAAUGUUGAAGAAUAUCACCGGAAAAUAUUAUUUGCGAUAGCAAUCAGGAUGGCAAUCAAUAUGUAAAAUAUUUUAAUCUAAUUAGAUAUUUUUAGAUAUCGCGAUUCGGAUUUAGAUGAAAUGGAUAUGAAGUUAAAAUUUUAUCGAAGAUCAAGAAUCUCACUGUAUGAAACAUUUAUUAAUUCCAUUUAAUGUCGUUAUUCCGGAAUUCUAAAGAGCCAAGUGAAUGAAGACACUAUAUAAAAUUUAUAGGGUCUUUCAAGUUUUGGGUUUUGAAACUAAAUAUAUAUUUGAGAAUUGAUGUAUGAUCUAUAAUUUCAAAAUUGACGAUGUAUCAGAAUUAUUUCGCCGCUUUAUCUAAUGUUUGACUUUGUACAAAUAAUUGUUUUUAUUGAUUUAAAAAAUCAAUUUUUUUGUCUGAAAAAAUAUCAAACUCAAUUAUAUCUUAGGUGAUUAUCGUCUUUUCACUUGUUUCUUGAAUUAAUGAGUUUCGAGACGGUUGCAAGGAAUUAAUGAGAUUAUGACAGGAGAGGGUGCGGCACAUUCGCGCGAUGUGUGUAUAUCGCAUUGCGUUAUCAUUUUAUUCCUAUUCGGUUUGAAUCAGUCAUGUGGUGCUUGCGGAGACUGUGUUUCCUGUGAAGAUUUAUAAUUGACAACGAUAAUGUGACUUCGGCUACAUCGCUUACGUGAAUGCUAGAGCGAUCGUGGAAUGACUGGAGGACGAGUCUUCGGGAAAUGUGUCUAGGCGUAUAAUCGGUCACAUUAAUGAUCGCUCGAUAGACUUCCUCAUCGAGGCCUUCCUGUCAAGGCCCCUACAAAAUAAGCGGCGAAAGUUUUUUCGCAUAAUCUCGAUGCGCGAUUGGUGCAUCGUUACAUUGCAUACAGGAUCAAUUCGAUUGCAUAUCACUUAAGACAUUAAUGUGGCUGACUGUACCGACUGAAUGCGAGAGACAGAAGAAUUAUACGAAUCGCCAAGCGACAGUGCCAUAUAAUAUUCAGAGUCAUUUCGACUGUUAUUUCUUCGUCGUUUGAUUUGUUUUUCUUCAGAGACGCGAGUUUCGGAAAUGCGACAAAAAGCGCUCACGAUCUCGUAUAUACAGGAAUGCGUGUGAAAGGUAAAACGAGAUCGAUGGAAAUUGCGAAAAUUGCUUCCUGUUUUUAUUUUCAUGAUUUCCUUCUUUUUUCUCACAGAACACGAAAAUAAAAAUUUCAUUUGAAAUCUGUAUACACGCAGUGAUGCCAUUAUUACCAGUCGCCGCUCAAAUACUUAUAUCAAACAUAUAGCCAUUCUUUUUCGACGACAUCUGUUUUAUAUUUAUCGCAUUUUGUUUAAAAAACAUUUUUGGAGCAGAAAUUUGGAGUUCGAAGCAUUAAAAGUUUAUUUUUUAAUUUUAUUUUUUAAAGAAACGUAUUUCUGCAUAAAUUAUUACUUACAUCAAUUGUUAUGCUUGCGUGAUAUAUAAUUCGAUAUUAUUGUGAUUAGCGUAUAUAACUAAGCAUUCUUUAUUUUCUUGAAUUAAAAAUUCGCAUUGUGAUGAAACGAAAAUCGCAUCUAUCCGGAGGGAAUGGGAACAAAGAGGGUCCGUAACACGGCAUGUGCCAGUAUUAUUCUUAAUCUCUUCUAAGCACCUUUAACCCAAUUGAAUUAGAAGGACACACCCCGCGACACACAGACUAACUAUCCGUCGAUCGCAUUAAAUACGUUCUUUCAUCCAGUGCAAGAGUGCGUGUGCAGUUGAUUGUAAUUUCGAGUCAUUCAAAAGUGUCAUUAUUUACAAUUAUAAAUAUUUCUUUGCAUUUUUUUUUAAUGAAAGAGAUAAGACGAAUCGCGGCGAAUCGCCGUCAACGCCGAAAUCGUUGAGGGUGCAUGGUGCAUUUUUUACAAAUCUACGAGAGAGACAUCACUCUCUCGCACUUUUAUUACGGAGGAAGACGGACAAGAUGCAACGCACGUCACAUCAGUCGUAUUCAUCCACGGAUGGAGGCUAAUGCACGUCACGUGACGCCUUUAUAAGGUAUCAUCGAAGCUUUUUCGAUAACGUGGGACAAAGUCGAAGUUCACCGAAAUGGAGGGAAAGAAUAAUAACAGCUCCACACAAGCCGAUAAUACCAGAGUUACGGAGGAUAACGAUAGCUUCGAUCUCGAUGAUCUUCUGCCGAUCGUCGGCGAGUUCGGUCGUUAUCAAAAGCAGUUGCUGUGGCUGGUCUGUCUACCUGCAUGUUUGCCUUGUGGUUUCUGCGCUUUUAAUCAAUUAUUCAUGGCGGAUACACCGCCACAUUGGUGCAAGAUACCAGAUCUGGAGCAUAUGGAUGCUGCACGCAGAAGGCGUCUCGCCAUUCCUGACGACAACGGGACCUAUAGCCAGUGCACACGAUAUGACGUCGAUUGGACGACGAUGGAGAACAAUUCCGUCGUGGAGAUGUCAAAUACGUCGUGGUCCAUCGUGCCUUGCGACCACGGCUGGGAGUAUGAGACCUCUGAGGUGACAUCGUCCAUUGUCGUUGACUUCGAUCUCGUUUGCGAUCACGCAAUCUAUCCAACGAUUGGUUUGGUGGCUCUUAAUAUGGGGGGUCCUAUAGGAGUAUAUCUGUUCGGUACAUUAAAUGACAGGUUUUUACCGGAAUCACCGAGGUGGCUAUUAGCAAAAGGUCGUCUAAGCGAAGCUAAUGAUAUUCUCGAAACUCUGGCUCGGGUAAAUGGCAAAGAGCUCCCGGCAUCGUUUACGCAAAAGCUUCGUCAACGCAUGACAAUGUCGAGAUCGAAGAGCGAAGAGGAAAGAUUGAGAACCGGACCCGGUGUCCUCUCGCUUUUCAAAACACCGAAUAUGCGUCUCAAGACAUGCCUUAUAACUUUAAACUGGUUUGCUAACAAUAUGGUGUACGUCGGUCUUUCUUAUUACGGGCCGGCAUUAGGAAAUGAGGAACACCUGAGUUUUCUCUUUUCUUCCCUCGCCGAGAUUCCCAGUUACAUCGCUUGUUGGGUUGUAAUGGAUCGAUGGGGUCGCCGAUGGCCUCUUUGUCUUUGCAUGGUCGUGGCUGGAGUGUCGUGUAUCGCCACGGUGCUGUUGUCACCCGAUGCUGUCAUGGAGACCUUGGUGUUGUUUCUCGUAUCGAAGUCUGCGAUAUCGGCGUCUUUUCUAAUUAUUUAUCCCUUCGCCGGAGAACUCUAUCCCACACAAUUGCGCGGAGUUGCUAUUGGUUUCUCCGCAUACAUCAGCGGCCUCGGACUCAUCAUUAUACCCUUCGUAACAUAUCUCGGAAAAGAGAAUCUUGUCCUGCCUUUAGUCAUCUUAGGUGUCGUCUCAGUUAUUGGUGGUGUGUCUGGUUUGCGGUUACCAGAAACAUUACAUUAUCGUCUGCCGCAAACUAUUGAGGAAGGAGAAUUAUUUGGGAAGGAUUGGACGUGCGCGGAUUGCAUUCGGUGUGUCCCGACAAAACCAUCGUCAGUUGCAACUUCUUACGAAGAUUUGUCGACGCGAGAAACAGUAGAGAUGCGCGAAGUGCCUAAAGUGCCAUUUUCUUCGUCUAUUUUGGAAGAACAACAAUGGUCGAGCACUACGAGUGUUCGCCGUUUGGUUCGCCAAUCUAGCGUGAUGGAUACUCAACGCAAUUCCGAUGGGACCAUGAAGAUGACCUAUUGGUUUUAACUUUGAAUAUUUUGAAUCUCUAGUCGAGAGAAAAAACUGAAACAAUCUUUUUAUCUUCCUUUAUCACAUUUAUGGAUGAAAUAUUUUUUAAUAUUGAUUAAAAAAUUAUUCCAUUUUCUCUUA